AUGCUCAGGCAACUUUCUGCCCCGGUUCGAUCAGAAACGGAAAUUCCAAAAUCAAAAUUAGAGGAAAAAUUAGAAAAUUUAGAAAAGUACAUUAUCCCCAUUCCUCUUAUAAGUAAGAGAUUCCAAGUCGACGUAAAGCCGUUGUUAUCAAAAGCAGUUCACAAACCACUGCGAAACACAAGAAUAACCGUAACACGAAAACAACUACCAUUUGUGCCAGCAUACGCCAUAACAACACACAAAAGCCAGGGACAAACAAUGGCUAAGAUUAUUGUCGAUUUGGUUUAUCUAACAUCGAAAAACGCUGAAACAGCGUCAGCAUACGUUCCCUUAUCUGGUGUCAAACGUCUGGAAGAUUUAGCAAUAUAUCGACCAUUUCCUUACAAGUCAUUGUUAGUCCAACCAACAUCUGACCAAACAAGUGAAUUACGUAGAUUGGAAACAUUAAACACACCGACAUUAUAUCGUUAUCAAAAUGCACGAAUGUAG